ACACACACACACGCACACAAGUAGAUGGAGGGAGGGUCUCCGCGCGCUCCGCUCUCAGUUUCAUUCACUUCUUCUGAAACUGACAUGAACUGAAUGUUUUGACUGGUUUUCCUGCUCAGUGUAUUUCAUUAGCUCACCUUUUCAGCCUGUCACGGAGUCCCAGAGCCUCGUGGGCUGCCUCGAGUGAACGAACAGCCCGGUUUACGCACGAGACGGUCCACAGACGGACGGACGGAAGGAGCAACAGGAGGUUCCACGAGCGACCCGCAUCUUAACAAGACGGAUUUAACACUGACUUCUGAAGACAGCAGAAGCUCUUUUAUUCCUCAUAUCGGAUCGGGUUUUAUACAAAAGCUGUUAGACACCGCUUGGACUUGAGAAUUGACCCGGGAUAUCUGCUUUUUGACCCGGGAUAUCUGUUGUCUGGGCGUUUCAUUGGUCCUCCAUGAUGCGUCCCUCAGUGGACAGCAGCAGCCAGGUACUGGUUCUGGUCCUGGUUCUGGUUCUGGUCCCUCCUGCCUCAGGUUACAAUCUGGAUCAGGAACACAGUCUGGAGUUCAAUGGGCCCUCUUCCUCCAUGUUUGGAUAUUCUGUUCUUCUGCAUCGUCAUGGAGCUCAUAAAUGGUUGGUUGUCGGAGCUCCAGAAGCCAACUCAUCCGCCAGUCCGUCGGUUCGAUCUCCGGGAGCUCUUUACCGCUGUGACAUCAAGGCAGGGCAAAGCCACUGUCAUCACAUGCAUCCUGAGGUGAGAAACUGUGGGAAGACGUGUGAAGCAGAGAGUGACCAUCAGUGGCUAGGAGUCAGUCUUUCCAGACAACCUGGAGACAACGGGGGACAUGUGCUGGCUUGUGCUCACCGCUGGAAGAACGUCUACCACUCAAAGAAAGACGGUCAGAACAACAAGCUGCCAAAUGGAGUUUGUUAUCGCUAUGGCGAAGACCUGAAACAUGGCCAACCCAUGAUCCCCUGCUACAGAGACCACCAGCGUAAGUUUGGUGAGGAUUAUGGGUCAUGUCAGGCCGGUAUUUCCAACUUCCUGACAGAGGAUCUGAUCAUCAUGGGAGCACCGGGGACCUCUUAUUGGACGGGUUCAGUUCUGGUCUUUAAUACGUCCAGUGGAGGGAUGUCUGUGUACCUGGACGACAUUGGAGCUGUCAGCUUCGGAAGCUACCUUGGUUACUCUGUUGGAGCUGGUCAGUUUUCCAGUCCUGGUGUAGUGGAGGUGGUGGGUGGAGCUCCACAGUACAACCAACAGGGCAAGGUCUUCAUCUUCUCAAUAGAUGGCAAAAUGCUGCAGAUCAUCUCUGAAGUGUCCGGAACAGAGCUGGGAUCUUACUUUGGCUCCAGUGUUUGUGCUGUGGAUCUGAACUCUGAUGGUCUGUCGGAUCUGUUGGUCGGUGCUCCGAUGACAACAGGCGUCACAAGGGAGGAGGGAAGAGUUCAUGUGUACAUUAACCAGGGGCAGGCAAAACUGGUGGAGGCGGAGUUUCAGCUGACUGGCAGAGACGCCUAUGCUGCCCGAUUUGGAGAGACCAUCGCUAACCUGGGGGACCUGGAUGAUGAUGACUACCCUGAUGUUGCAAUUGGCGCCCCACAGGAAGACGAACUUAAAGGAGCUGUCUACAUUUACAAUGGAAGAAAGGACGGCAUUUCACCAACUCCAUCUCAGAGAAUAUCUGGAUCCACCCUGGGUCGUGACCUCAGGAUGUUUGGCCAGUCACUGAGCUCUGGCAUUGACAUCGAUGAUAAUGGUUACCGAGAUGUGGCUGUUGGUGCGUUCCUGUCAGACUCAGCUGUAGUUCUCAGGACCCGACCAGUGAUUCAGGUGAAAGUGUCUCUGAUUCUGCCAGAACAGAUUGACCAACGGGUGGCGCUGUGCCACGAACACAAGACUCCAACUGUCUGCAUCAAUGUUACCAUUUGCUUCAGCGGCAGGUCAAAGCAUUACAGAGGACCCAUAGAUCUUCAAUACAACUUGACCUCUGACCUCCUCCAUAAACCAUCCUUCCCUCAUCGAUUUUUCUUCCAUGGUAACGGCUCUUCCAACAGCACAAGGGGGCGCGUGAGAGUACGACACGGCCAAAUCACUUGUUCAACACAUGUGGUUUACCAAAGGAAAGAUGUGAAGGACAUUUUCACUCCAAUCCAGUUUGAGGUUUCUUACAGUCACACAGACACAAGCAGCCACAGAUCGCCCACCAGAAACUUCCCUCAUCUAAAACCCCUUCUGCAGCAGAGCGCAGGACACCAGAAUACUAUCACUAACCAGACUUGGUUUUCACGUUCGUGCUCACAAGUGAACUGUUCGACCAACAUGCAGCUGUCAACUGAACUAGUGCUGCCACAUCAGCAGAAGUACUUUGCCCUCGGCUCUGGAGAAACCAUCUUGUUGAAAACUUCAUUACUCAACUCUGGUGAUGAUGCCUUCCUGCCCAGAGUGACGCUGCGGUUCCCCGAGAACAUUCACUUCAUUAAAGUCCUGCACAAUGAGGACAACAGCAUCAGCUGUGAUGUCAGGCAAGAAGACAACAGUACAACAGUGGGUGUUGACUGUGGCGUUACAAGUCACCUCCUCUCAGCCAACGCCAGGAUGAAUAUCAGCUUCCUGUUGGACGUCAGUCAGAACAGCACACCUGGUGACAUCAUCAUUCAUGUCAACAGCAGCAGUGAUAACUAUGAGAAAGAGGAAUAUCUCCAAGACAACUCCCUCAGUCUCCUUCUCCCUCUGAAGCACGAGGUCAAUGUCAACAUCCACGGUUUUGUAACUCCAACCUCAUUCGUGUUUGGAGAUGAAGACUUGACUCCAGUCGACUGCUACCCUGAAAGAUUCAACUACACAUACAAGGUGUUGAACUCUGGUCCCAGCAGGUCUGUAGAUACUGUGGUGGAAAUCACCUUACCAAAGAUCCUCGCACCGUACCGACACAGACUGCUGCAGGUGGUGGACUGGCAGUCAUCUCUGGGUGUGUGUUCACUCAGCGACACAACAGUCUCCGUCAUUGAGGACUGCGAGGUCCCUGAAGCUUCCAUCAUCAAACAGAUCGUCUUCUUCUUCUCCUCAACAUCUCAGCGCAGAAUGUUUUGUGGCCGCGUUGAUGAUCUGUGCGAGCGUUUGGUGUGUCGUCUUGGUAACCUGGAAGUAGGAAGAGAAGCAAACAUCCAGCUUGAGAUCAAACUGAACCCUGCUGUACUCCUGCAAGCUCCGGGCCGUCAUGGUAUCAUGAAGAUGGAGAGCACAGGGUUAAUGUCACAUCCCAGAGAAGGUCCUCACACGGUCCUCACCCACAAGCAAGCAGCAGCACCGGUGGUGGUGGAAGCUCUUUUCAGUCAGAAACCCUCAACAACAGUGAAGGUCUUCAUCAUCGUGGUCAGUUUGGUUUUGGGUCUGUUGAUCCUGGCUGCUCUUAUCUGGUGUCUAUGGAAGGCCGGCUUCUUUAAGAGGACGUACCAGAAAGACAAGGAGGAGGAGGAGUUCAAGAGACACAGCUGGGACUACGUUCCUAAAAACGACAAAAGAGAGAGCACUUCCUAACCCUGACUGUCAUCACUGGCUGUCACCUCUGACCUCUGACCAUAGGAUGGAGUUUACAUUGUGACCAUGCAGCAGUCACGUAUCAGACACUGAACGCUGUCUGUGAAACAAAAAGGCGUUUCAUCCUUACUGCUGAACACCAUCCAGACUGUGUCAGGUGGUUUGCAGCCAUACUCAGAAAACAUUGACCCCGUCUGAAGUGUGACGGGUGAUGAAAUGUCUCCUGAACACGCCUGAAUCCGACUGUGCCUUAUAUUAUAUUCUGCCUUGAUGUGCCUUCACAAACAGAGCUCAAAGACUGAAAGCAGACUGCAGAGACUGAUGGAUGGAUGGAGGGUUGAUAUAAAGGGAAAAGGAGGUCUUGGAGUUCCCCUGGGAUUUGGCAUCACCAGUGGCCUUCAUUCUGACUCUUCAGAGGAAACAAAACCAAAGGAAGUGACUUCUUGAUGACCUUUGACCUCAGGGGAAGGCAGCCUGGCCUCUGAUUGGCUCUUUACUCUCUGGAAAACCUCCUUUUACGUCUGUGUGCAUUAUUAUUGUGAUGUUUUUGUUUACCUGCUGAUUUUAUGCACUGGCUAGACACACACACACACACACACACACACACACACACACACACACACACACACACACACACACACACACACACACACACACACACACACACACACACACACACACACACACAGAGGGCAGAGGGCAGACUGACGGGCUCUAUUGCACGAUCUGAUCAUUGUAGCACAGAAACAGCAGUCAGUUGAAGGCUGCUGUAACUUGGUGGUGCUAACAGGAUGUGAUAGAAUAUCUGGUUAUUGUGCCUUUAUGUUUUAUGUCACUUUUCUUUGCUCUUUCGCCUGAUUUCACUCGUUCUUUUUCGGGGAACACAUGCCUGGAAAAUCCACAAAAAGCUAUGAAAGCUAUCAGGACCAAACAACCAAUACUAGAAUUUACCCGACUGGCUAAGUUUGCAUAUUUCACCUGAAUGGCUCUGGGAGUAGUUGAUGUUUUCUUUAUUUUUUACCAUUUUACCAUCACUUUCUUCACUGCAUCUUCCUUUCUACCACCAAGGAUAAGUGACAGAGUUGGAAGAAUGAACUGACUGUUAUCAUCAAAUUCAAUAGGAUGUUUUAGCGUCCUACUUUGCGAUGUAAGCUGAAUACUACUCUGUCCAUGCUGCUUGCUGUACAAGAUGCGUUCAAGAGCCGCACCAUACACACUUGAUAAUGUCAGGUGUUGCAUCUAUCUUCCAGUGUUCAAUCAGCAGCCCAUUUAAAAACCUCCUGCUUCAAGUCCACAGAGCUCCUCUAAUAGAGGCGUGUUUUGUCUUGUGAUGACUACAGGGAGCUUAAAUGUCUUAACAAAGUGGCAAACUUUGGACUCAAAAUAUGAAGCCCAUGCGGAAGUGUUAUAAACUGCACUUCAUUGAGCAUCUGCUUGAGGCUGGCUGCAGAAACAACAGAAACCACAUACACACCCAUUCAAAAAAGACGAUCUUUGCAGCAGAAAUAAACAUGGUUACAGCCUGGUUCAAAAAAACGCUUCGGUCUGAAGAGCUAAUCUCUCUAUCGGCACACACUGUAAGGGGGGUGAAUUUUUUUCUAACGUGAUGGUUCAGAAGAUAUUAAGAUUACAAGUUUUGCCCAAAUAAGGACAUGACUGACUUUACUGACAGGCGGGAACACUAGCUGUUGGCUAGGAGGCUCAAACUCCGCCUCUUCACCUCACACUAAGUUUGGUGGAGUUCAGCAUUACCAAUAUGGCUCCCGCCAAUGAUUGGCUUCAAAACAGCGUUCAGGAACAGAUGGGUGACAUCACGGAUACUAUGUCCAUUAUUUAUACAGUCUAUGGUCUUAACUGACAGCACAAAACUAUAUCACCAGGCUCCUAGAAACACAUUUUCAAAAUGAUCGACUUCACAUAACUCAAAUGUUCGUCACUUGUUUUUUUAUAUUCUGUCAUCUGCUUGUGUAGCCGAUGCACCGAUUCACAUUUAAGCAUCUGUGCUUCUUUCCACAAUCCUACCACAAACAUCAUGUGACUGAAAGAGGGACUUGAAUGUUGUUUGCUGUUUUGACAUCAGUGAAUUCUUUACAUUUACAUUUCUUGAUAUCAAUCAUGGCAUAUCUGUUUCUCCUUUGGGAUUUGUAAAAUAUCAAUGAUAGUUAAUUUAAUUUAAAAUGUGCUUUUCAACACAGAAACAUACCGAACAGAUAAAAUAAGAACUUUUUCUGAAAAAGCUGAAGUGAUGUUAAAUUAUAGGAUCAAGUUCUCAAGUUUUCUGAAUCAUCCGUAUAAACAAGGAGUGAAAAUAUGCAAUCAGAAAAUAAACAGCCAGCAGCACAUCAAGUGACGGGGGUGGAAUGAUGGAAGAGUACUUGAAUAUUUGAGCAUGUUCAGUGAAUUGCAAGUUCAGACAUUUAAAGCAGCUGCUACGCUUCCCUUCUAUUUUUGUAUAUUGUACAAAUGCACAACACACAGAGAGAUGUUUUUAAUAUUUUAAUAAAUUAGUUUGUUGCUUUUGUUUAUGUGAAGAUGUUCUGCACUGGAGAGUCUCACUGCUUUUGUCCACACGUUUCCAUUAAAAUGAAGGAUUUUCUAUUUAAACAA